GACUUCUUCUCUUUUCUUCCUCUUUGAGAGCAGUCGCAUCUUUCCGCUCUGCAGGAAUGUAAUGGAACCUGAACACCGGGCGAAGGUCUGACAGUGACAGGUCACAGCAUUUCUGUAAGUACUGCUGUCUGCUAGCGUGAACACUCACCAAAAUUAACUAAACUCAUAUCAUUAUUACUAUUAAUAUAGCAAAGAUAGUGUCAUGUUUCACUGUCUUCGCUGGGAAGUUGAAGUCAAUCAUAGAAGCUAACUCUGGGAGGUGGAAUUAGCUUAAGAACACAUUCCCAUGCAUGGUCUCACCUGUACGGGCUGAACUUUGUCCUCCUCACCUGUCUGCACAGUCAGGAAUGAGACAUCCACACGGCUGAGCUGAAAAUGAGAGAGUGGUGGAUUCAUGUGGGUUUGAUCUGCGUCCCACUGGUGGCUGUUUACCUGAACAUCCCGCCCCCUCAGCUGUCACCUGCCCUGCAGAAGUGGUACAGCGCCGGAGAGGUCUUCCACUUCAGAGGCAGGGAGAUCUUCUACAGAGGUGACAACACACCGAGUUUAACAUGUCUACAUUCACUUUCAUAAUGUUACAUUACAUCUAUGCUUCCUCAGGGGUCUGAACUGUUGGCUCGAUAACACGUUCAAGGCGCAUUUCUACCAAAAUUAUCAGAAACUUUUAGUUCCGGGAACUUUGUUUUUAAAGAAUUAAAGGGAUAUUCCGGCAUAAAAUUAAGUUAGGGUCAAACACACUGUAACACCGAGUCAGACACCCCGUCUAAAGAUGAAUGUUGCCAACCACUUGCUUCUCUAGUUAUACAAAAUUUAGUAACGACUGCACGAUAACAAUACAGAGAGCCACACGCUCAACCAAAACGCCACUCUAUAGCUACAAAUAAUACUCAGAACAGCACCUAACUUCAUCAACAGUACAUAUAGAGUCUCAGCCAUAACACUAGCCACCAAACAUCUUUUUAGCUUUGCCUAGACUAAACACAACUCAUCGUCUCUCUUCCAGCAGCCGCUUGUUUGUAUGGAGACCUCGGACGAGUCAAUCACCCAGUGCAGUGGAGUUUCGCAGCUCAAGGAAGAACAUUUAUGAUCAUUUCUUCAUGGACAUGCAAUCAGACCGAGACGCUAAGGCAGAAGAACUACAACGUCUGCAGUGCAAAAUGAUUAAUAUGAUGAUUAUUACUUCAAGGAAAUUAUAAAGAAAUGAUCAUAAAUGUUCUUCCUUGAGCUGCGUCACCCCGCUGCAUUAGAUGGACUCUCCCAGAGGUCUCCGUACAAACAACUGCUGGAAGAGAGUGGGUAUGUUGUGUUUAGUCUCAUUGCUAUAGAAAUUAGGCAAAGUUAAAAAGAUGUUUGGUGGCUAGUGCUAUGGCUGGGACCCUAUAUGUACUGUUGAUGAAGUUAGGUGCUGUUCUGAGCAUUAUUUGUGGCUAUAGAGUGGCGUUUUGGUUGAGCAUAUGGCUCUCUGUAUUGCUAUCUGCGGUCGUUACUAAAGUUGGUAUAACUAGAGAAGCAAGCGGUCGGCAAGAUUUAUCUCUCAAGGGGGUGUCUAACUCAGAGUUAUGGUGUGUUUAGAGUGAAUAUUAAACAGAUCAGACCAAUGACAAAAAUUGGACCUGGAGGAUUAUUUGGUGAUUAAAGUCACCUGAGCAGCCCUUUACUUGAGUCACAACUCAUGUUGGCAGUAAGUAAGCUGUAUUAACAAAAGGAUAUUUAAAAAGUACAUAAACAGAUUUAUAAUUGGUGGUACAUAAUAUAGGUACAAUUUAUAAGAACCCGUUUUUUUUUUUUUGUUUGUUUAUUUGUUUGUUUUUAAAUAAGAUUGACUUAAGACUCUUCCUUCAAUAUUUCUGGACCUGUAGAAAGUACUACCCCUUCAGCAGGAACAUUUCAAGAGGUCGAUCAAUUACCCAGGAACUAAAUCCAGACUCCUGGUUCCUGCCAUUAAAUGCAAACUUACUCAAACUGUUCCAAAUUCCUUAUUAUUGAGGCUCAUCACCCAGCUCUAAAGCUAAAUGUAAACAUCAGUCAUUUGCCUCAUUUGUCGGCUGAUCCGUUGAAAAAAAUUGUCAAAAAGCGUCAUUUUAGACAAUCAUGUAACAUUUAAAGAUCAAAUCCCCCCUCAUCUAUUUUUUUCUAUCACUGUAAAAACCUCACACAGCAAACAUCUUUUAUCUUUCAGUCCAACCAUACAAGUGUGUUUUUCCUUUUCAUCAAACUAGACUCCUUUGGUGUUUUGGGAACCUCUGAUGUUGUCCUUCUGCUUCACGGCUUCCCCACAUCCAGCUAUGACUGGAACAAGGUACCCACUGCACAUGCUCAGUAGCAAACUACAUGCACUUAAAGAAAAACAAAGUGUCAUUUUGGGGAGUUGCUGUGAUUUUACUUUCCUCCCAUGCAGAUCUGGGAGCCUCUUGCUCAGCGCUUCCAUCGAGUCGUUGCACUCGACUUUCUUGGUUUUGGCUUCAGUGAGAAGCCUGUGAGUAAAGUUUGUGACUUUAAAUAUUUCAGUUCUUGUAUUUAUUUUUUUUGGUCAUAAAUCUUCUUUUCUUCUGUCCCAGCGACCACACAGGUACUCCAUCUUUGAGCAGGCCAGCGUAGUGGAGGCUCUGAUGGCUCACUUGGGUUUGAUCACUCAGAGAGUGAAUGUGAUUUCUCAUGACUAUGGAGACACUGUAGCACUGGAGCUGCUCUACAGGUGAUUGGUUGUUCUUAUGUGUGUUUAUUCUCACCAUUAAAAAAAAAACUAACAAACAGAAAAACAGAAUGGUCAAGGUGACUCCCUCACUCUCUCGCCUCCUUUUUUCCUUCUUCAGGAGCCACCAAAACCGCACAGGUCACCUGACCUUUAAUAGCCUGUGUCUUUCCAAUGGAGGUAAAGUUAACUUUCUUUAUUCUUUCUUUCUUUCUUUCUUUCUUUCUAUUUUUCCUUUUUUCUUCUACCUUUUGUCCUUUUACCCUUUUCCUUCUUUUUGUCCUUUUGCAUUCCCUUACUGUCUUCACUUCUGUCCUUAUUUCCUUUUACCUUUUCUUUUUUCUUUCCUCUCUUUCCUUCAAUCUUUUCCUCUUUUCUUCUUCUCUUACUUCUUUCUUCCCAUUACCUUUUCUUCCUAUUCCUCCUUCUUUCCCAUUACUCUUUCUUCUUUUCUUCUUCCUUUAAUUUCAUCCUUCCAAUUUUUUCAGUACUUUUUUUUCUUUCCUUUUAUUUAUCCUUCUUAGAUCCAUGUUUCUUCUAUUUUCUGGGCUUUUAACUUUCUUGUCUUUUUUCUUCCACCCUUCAUUCUUUCUUUCCUUUCUUUUACUGCCCUUAUUUUCUCCCCUUUUUCUAUUCUUUCUUUCUUUCUUUCUUUCUUUCUUUCUUUCUUCUGUUUUUCUUAUAUCACUUCUUUGUAACUUUUAAUGUCAAGGAAAUGUUCUCUAACCCUUGAGGAAAAAAAAUCUUUUGUUUUUUAAAAUCUAUUUUAUAUCAUCUUCAAAACAUUUUGAGUAAAAACAUGAUGAAGGUUUGAUCCUGUGAUAAGUGAAUCACAAAAGACAUUUGUCCUCUAAAAUAUUUACAUUUGUCGUUGAUGUUAAAGCGAUCCUCGUCUGAUCGCUCUGUUGUGGAAAUCACAGUCUGUCUCCAUGCUGAUGCUUUUAUUCCUGACAGGAUUAUUCCCAGAAACACACCACCCUCGGCUGCUGCAGACCGUAAGUAACCUGUUGUCAUGUUUGUGAGGGUUAUUCUUCAUCCAGUUUAUUGAAUUGUGUUUCUGUUUUUUUCAUAUUUCUCCCAUGUUGCUGCCUGAUUAUUACAUGAAAAACAAAAACACAGAAUCUUGAAUUUUCUUUUAUUUCCAAAAGCUCCUGAAGGACUCGAGUUUUCUGGCUCCAGUUCUGACCCGCCUCACUAACUUUAUGAUCUUCCAAAAAGGGUAAGACUUGUCCUGAACUGUUGCACAAUGUAAACCUGCUUUUAUCAUUUUCAUUUAUGCUGUUGGUUUCUGUUGAUUGGCAGGAUUGGAGACGUGUUUGGUCCGUACACGCAGCCCACAGACGCUGAGUUUUGGGACAUGUGGACGGGUUUACGCUACAAUGAAGGCAACUUAGUUUUGGAUAGGUGAGUGUGUCUGAGUGAUUUUGUAUGUGGUUAUCUUUACCUCUGCUCUGAUUGGUCCUCUCCUCCUUCUGUGUUAGUAUUCUGCAGUACAUCAACCAGAGAUUGAAACACAGAGACCGAUGGGUGGGCGCCCUCACUUCCACCUUUGUCCCACGUGAGUUCACAGACACAUCAGAUAAACUGAUGAUUGUGUAAAUAACCCACAGAGGAGAGUAUCUCUGUUUGUAGGAGCCCGGCAGCCUGACGCGGAGGCCUGCUGAUGCUAAGCUGCUUAGCCGGCUAGGUGAAGCCCUGUGGUCCAUCUGUGACUCUGAGCUCUGGAGGGUGGGGGGUGGGGAUGUAUGUGCCACUGACACACCUCAGAGGAAAUGAUGCCAGAAGGCAACAGACAGGAUACAUCUGAUUCAUCCUUUCUUCAACCAUUCCUCCCUUUUUCCUUUUACCUUUCUGUCCUUCUCUACUUCUGCCCUUCUUUCCUUCCACCAUUCUGUCCUGUCUUCCUUCUACCCUUCUGUUUUUUCCCCUUAUUCCCAUCUUUACUUCUUUCCUUCCCUCUUUUGUUUCCUCCUUUUCUUCUUCACUCCCUUUUACCAUUCCUUCUCUCAUUGUACCCUCUCUUCCUUUACUUUCUGUCUUUUCCUUCUUCACCUUCUUUUUUUCUUCUUUCCUUUUAUCUUACCUGCAGCCCUCUCUUACUCUCCUUAAUGCCUUCUUUCAACCCUUUCUUCCUCUCCUUUAUUCUACCCUCUAUUUUUUUCCUUCUACCUUUUUUACUUUUACCUCCUUUUUUCCUUCUACCCUUUCUACUUUUCUUCCUUCUUUGCCUAUACCCUUUCCUCCUUUCCUUCCUCCUUCCUUUCAAUUUUUCCUUGUUUCCUUUCUUCAUCCAUUACUUCCUUGAGCCCUUAUUCUCUCUUUACUUCUCUUUUUCCUUUUCUCUUUCUUUCCUUCAAAGAAAUUAAAAAAAAGAAAAUUUAGUCCUUUAAAAAACUUAAAAAACGUUGAAGAAUUUAAAGGAUUAGGAGAUCUCGAAAAGUAACAUGCUUUAUAUGUUUAAUCAUUGAUACCAAAUUCUAUAUUGAUUGUGAUCGGUUCUUAAUCAUUUUAUGGUACCUAUCAGUAAGCGCCAUUUUCAGCACAUCAACUGUUCAGUUAAUCUCUAAACUUUUUUGUUUUAAACUGUUUUUAACAAAAACAAACUUUUGUUCCACUCCUCUACUUUACUCCUCAGUGCUCCUCCCUCCAUCUCUCCCUCUCUGACCCUCUUCCCUCCUUAUUUGUCUUUCAGUGCACAUGAUCUAUGGACCCAUGGAUCCCGUCAACCCUCACCCCCAGUUCAUCCGUCUUUACCAGUGAGUCCCCCCGGCCCCUCAAAUACACCCACAGCCUGAAAGAUGUUUGUGUCGCUGAAGAGCUGAAAUAAACCUGGGAAAUGUGCAGGAAAAAAAUACUUUCAAAAUAGUAGUUUGAUAGAGAGCUUGAGGUGGUUUCUGAAAUUUAACCCGAACAGUGAUUGAAAUUUAAAGCACAGGUUAAGUGUCCUUCCAUGGCUAAAUGUUUGACUAUAAAAUUGGAUUUUUUACAUCUUAUAUUGACAGUUUCCCUGAUAAUUCCACUUGAAUAAAGGGAAGACAGUAAGACAGAGGCGACCAAUCUUUGUGCCACCUCACUGUGUUGCAAAAAAUAUGAAUUUUCUUUACUUUAUUAUUGUGAUUUAUAAACAAAAAGGACACUUCAUUAGGUUCUUUAAUGCACCCCCUUUAAUACAUCCCUUCGUCAGGUGAUGGAGAGAGCUGGUUUCUUCUGACUAUUCAAAAUGAAAAGAGCGGGACUUGAACUUUCAAAUUCAUGCUGAACUAACAAAUUUUGUUGUAUAGUCUGACAUAGAAAAUGUUGAUUUUGAAAGGAAACUAAAGGUUUUCUUACAACUCUGAGGAGGUGUACUCAUUUAUGCUGAGAACUGUGUGUAUGAUAUACGAUAUGGUGAAGGAAUAAAUUUAAAAUAAUGAUAAAAUACAAUUAAGAAACUAAAAUCAGAGGAAGAGUAUUAUUUGGUCGGUUAUAGAAAUAACAUUUUGUUAAAAGCCAGAAUAAAAAUGUAGGUCUUAAUUUUGCUUUUAAAAACAUGGAGACUCUGUGCUCCCCUCAGGUCUUCAGGCUGAUCUACAGACCUGGGCCAUAACAAUAAAAAGCUGCUUGAAUUUUCUAUCAAAGUCUAAUGCAUGUCAAACAUGUUCUCCGGUAUCUGCAGGAAGCUGGUCCAGAGGUCUACAUUCACCGUUUUGGACGAGCACAUCAGUCACUACCCUCAGCUGGAAGAUCCCACCGGCUUCCUCAACGCAUACUUUAACUUUAUCCACUCUUUCUGACGGGGCACCAAACAGAAAACACCUACGUUCAUGGAUGAAAUCAGAAGCUACUCACAAUCAGGAGUACUCGGCACUUCUGAGACACUUGAGAGUGACAGACGACCUUUUCCUGAUGAUGUCAGCGGGAGAAGCUGCGUCAGCAUGAGGUUUUAAUCACAAAAUGAGCAUUUAAUUUACCAGCAUUAACAGCCAAAAUGUCAAUUACUGACAUUUGAAGACAUCAAAUAUGAGCUAGGAACUAGAUUACUUUCACUUAAUGCGACUAACUGACUGAUCUGACGGAGGCUGCAUUAAUUUAUGAACCCUCAGAGGAAGCAUGAGACUCAAAGUUGUGAUUGUUGAACCUAAAUGUGUUGAUUCCCUCCAUAUUCUGUCUUGACCUGCAAUCAGCUGCACUCUGAAUGAUGACUUUUUGAUAUGAUUUUCUACGUUUGUCUUGACGUCUAUGAAAGAUUGAAUGUCAACUUUUCUCGGAAUAAAAUUAGUUUUAUAAAAAGA